AUGCUCUGGUUUGCAGGUGGCGUGACGGUCGCGGUGACGAGUUUGUGGCUGGCUUUUGGCCUCCUGCGGCGGUACAUGCGUGCGACCCCUCUGCCUACCGACCUCACAGCUCGGCAGCGCGUUCUCCUGGGCCUCCCUCCCGUAGCCGAUACCCCCGACAAAACCACUCCUCGCCGCCCGCCCGCCGCCCGUGUGAUUGCUUCGCGGCUCAACUCCCUCUCCCUCUCGCAAUUCGUCGAGCGUAGUGGAGCCGAGUGGAGCCGCCCUCAGCUCGCCGCCGCCGCCGCCUCGCUACAGAUCCUCCUAUGCCAGCCCCCCGCCAGCUAG